AUGAAGAAGAUUGUGCUGAUCAGUGUUUUACUAUUCCUGUGGUUGGAACUUUUACUGGCCUUGUCUGGGGUUGUUCAGGGUAGAGACAAGUAUCAGGAUGCAUUGAUUGCAUAUAAUGGACCAUCGCAGAACAAAUUCAAAUACUAUGAGUUGUCCAGUGAGCAGUAUGUGUCGGGACGAAUCGAACCCGAAAAUGAAACAUAUUCUGGAUUUGAAGGGACCGAUUCGCGAAAUAAACGAUUCGCCGAUCCGACAUUUCGUGGAAACCCCAAAACUAAGGAACAGAUAUGGGCUAGAAAUUUCGCUCAUCGUUUGACGGAUGAUAAGCAAGCUCGAUCGCUGGUGAAGCUUUUGAUCCGCAUUAUCACCAAACAUUUGAGUGCCUGCAUUCCUAUUAUUUUGUUUGACGUAUUCGUCGAGCAAAAGGAAAGUUUCAUUAUGGAGACGCUUUUCAAUGAGUUUCCCACGACGUACACCUGCGGAAAGAUAAACGCAAACUAUACGUUGGACAGUCCAGAUCUUCUGUUGCCAACUGCCUCCAAGUGUCGAAGUUUUAUUCUGUUCUUGUCCGACGCCAUGAUGACCAGACAAAUCAUUGGACCGCAACUGAACAGUUUUGUGAUUGUUAUACCUCGAUCGAGUCAGUGGAAGUUGCAGGAUUUCUUAUCCUCCAAGCAAUCAAGGGAUAUCCUGAAUCUUCUGGUUAUCGGUGAAUCGUACUCCCAAGCAAAGACUGCGGCAAACGACGAAAUUCCCUACGUUCUUUACACCCACGAACUCUACGUUGAUGGCUUAGGUUCCAAUCGGCCCUACGUGCUGACCACAUGGAUGAACGGGAAAUUUUCUCGACCGAAUGUUGAACUUUUCCCGAAGAAAAUACGCAAAGGAUUCUCGGGUCAUCGCUUCACAAUUGCCGCAGCCCAUCAGCCUCCUUUCGUCUUUAAAAUCCUGUCCACCGAUGGAGUCGGUAAUAUUGCCAUCCGAUGGGAUGGACUGGAAAUACGCUUGCUGAAAACGUUGAGUAAUUAUUUGAACUUCACCUACGAUAUAAAGGAGCCGUCUAAAACCUAUUUGGGGUCAGGGGAUGCUGUAACGGAUGAGGUCGAGCGAAGACAGGCAGACAUUGGCAUGGCGGGAGUGUACGUCACAAUUGAACGGAAUCUCAAUACGGAAAUGUCGGUGGCGCAUUCUACUGAUUGCGCUUCUUUCGUGACGUUGAUGUCGUCUGCUCUACCAAGAUAUCGUGCCAUUCUGGGACCCUUCCAGUGGCCAGUGUGGCUUGCAUUGACACUGAUCUACUUGGUGGCCAUCUUUCCGUUGGCGUUCUCGGACAAGAUGAGCCUUCGCCAUCUGGUUGGCAAUUGGUCCGAGAUAGAGAACAUGUUCUGGUACGUAUUCGGAACCUUCACCAACAGUUUGACUUUUACUGGAGAAAAUUCUUGGAGCAAUACAAAGAAGACUUCAACUCGUAUGUUGAUUGGUGUUUACUGGGUAUUCACGAUCAUCAUAACAUCAUGUUACACCGGAUCAAUAAUUGCGUUUGUGACGAUGCCGGUGCUGCCGGAUACAAUCGACUCGGUAAAGCAGCUGAACGAUGGCUUCUUCCGUUUGGUCACCCUAGAUCGGGGUGGUUGGGAGCGAUGGUUUACAAAUUCUAGCGACAAAUCUACGGAAAAACUGGUCAAGAAGCUUCAACUGGUCUCGACUCUAGAGGAAGGCAUUCGCAAUGUAACGGAGGCAUUCAUCAUUUCGUAUGCCUUUAUUGGCUCCAAAGCCGAACUAGAAUAUUUGGUUCAAUCGAACUUUUCAGCGGAAUCCUCUAACAAACGGUAUUCGUUGCACGUCAGCAAGGAAUGCUUCACCUUGUACGGUGUGUCCUUCGUAUUUCCGCGCAACUCCGUCCAUAGGGAUAAGUUUAACAACGCCUUCCUUUACAUGCAAGAAGCUGGAAUAAUGUCUAAACUCAACAAGGAUGUCUCUUGGUCCCUACAGAAAACUAAAGAUGGGAGAUAUCGCCAGGCUUCGGUUGGCAAAGUUUUGAGGGUUCCAACAGCUGGUGAAAAAGGCUUAACACUUGCCGAUACGGAGGGAAUGUUUCUUCUGAUGGGAAUCGGAUAUCUGAUAGCAUUGAGUGUACUGAUAUCUGAAUGGGUCGGUGGUUGUACGAACAAAUGUAAAGAGAUAAUCAAAACAAGACGAGAGCGGUUGAUGAGCCCGUCGAGCUCGAUUCCAAGUUCUAACGCUUCGUCGGCCAAUCCAAAUUCGCCUCGUCGCAAACCUCGGGCAGCAGACAAGGAAUACAAUCUACUAGAAAAUCUAGACAGCAGUUCAAACGCAUUGACACCUCGAGGUGCAGAGAACGGAAGCGAAUCCGACAUUAGUGAAGGUACACGAGAAAAGCGUAGCCUAUCGGAAAACCUUCAGUACUUCAGCUCCGGAACACUACAGGAGCUGUAUGAUGGUCCAAAUCGACGGCAUUCGACUAUUGUGUAUAUGGAUGGAAAGAUGAUGUCCGAAGAAGAGGCGCAACAGUAUGCAAGAAACCAAGCCAAGCACAAACCACACUCCAGCUUGAGUUCAGUGGUGGAACAUGAAGUGACACGCCUGUUCAAAUACUUUGAUGAACACAAACCAGGGCACGAGGAUACUACUGGGCACAGUGUCGAAAGUGGAAGCGGCAGGCAUGGAACAAUGAAAAGAAGAAAGAAUCGAUCGGUUGAGGUGACAGCGGAGAUUAAUAAACCGGACGAGGAAGAAAGAGAUGUCUCCAGCAAAACUUCAAGAACCAAAAGUUUAGAUGCACCCUUUGGUAGCAAAGUGCUACAUUGA